GAUUCACAGGGGAGCCCACUCACUAGCGCCUCCUGUUGUCGGCAAGGCUGCCCUGCCAUUCCUCGGCCCCCAACUCCCUCCACUCCCCCCCCAUCGCCUCCUCCUCCAUCCUCCAGUUCAAAAUGGCGGCGGCGGCAGCAGCGGCGGCCGCGAUGGCUCCUCCGGGCUGCCCGGGUUCGUGCCCCAACUUCGCCGUAGUCUGCUCCUUCUUGGAGCGCUACGGGCCGCUGCUCGACCUGCCUGAGUUGCCGUUUCCCGAGCUGGAGCGGGUGCUGCAGGCGCCGCCGCCGGACGUCGGCAGUGGAGAAGUACCAAAAGAAUUGGUGGAGCUCCAUUUGAAGUUGAUGAGGAAGAUUGGCAAAUCUGUUACAGCAGACAGAUGGGAAAAAUAUUUAAUCAAGAUAUGCCAAGAGUUUAAUAGCACCUGGGCAUGGGAGAUGGAGAAGAAGGGCUAUCUUGAAAUGAGUGUUGAAUGCAAACUAGCACUCCUAAAGUACCUCUGCGAGUGUCAGUUUGAUGACAAUCUCAAAUUCAAGAACAUUAUCAAUGAGGAGGAUGCUGAUACCAUGCGUCUCCAACCAAUUGGCCGAGACAAAGAUGGCCUCAUGUACUGGUACCAGUUGGAUCAAGAUCACAAUGUCAGAAUGUACAUAGAAGAACAGGAUGAUCAAGAUGGCUCUUCAUGGAAAUGCAUUGUCAGAAAUCGAAACGAGUUGGCUGAGACUCUUGCCCUCCUGAAAGCACAGAUUGAUCCUGUGCUACUGAAAAACUCUAGCCAACAGGACAACUCUUCCCGGGAAAGUCCCAGCUUAGAGGAUGAGGAGACUAAAAAGGAGGAAGAAGCACCUAAACAAGAGGAACAGAAGGAAAAUGAAAAGAUGAAAGGUGAAGAGCAGCCAGUAAAUUCAGAAAACUGUUCUACACCCAGUGCUCUGGAAGAGGCUACUGUGAAAAUAGAAAAAGAAGAUGAAAAGGAACUUAUCAAACUGCCAGUCAUAGUCAAGCUAGAAAAACCUUUGCCAGAAAGUGAGGAAAAAAGGAUUAUCAAAGAGGAAAGUGAUUCCUUCAAGGAAAAUGUCAAACCCACUAAAGUUGAAGUAAAGGAAUUUAGAGCAGAUCCUAAAGAUAUCAAAGGGAGCAUGGAGAAGCUAGAGCCAGAGAGGCUGGAGUUUGGUGGCAAUGUUCGAUCUUCUCAAGAAAUCACUGAGAAGUCUACUGAAGAAACCGAGAAAAUUAAAAAUGAUCAGCAGGCCAAGAUACCACUAAAAAAACGAGAAAUUAAACUGAGUGAUGAUUUUGACAGUCCAAUCAAAGGACCUUUGUGUAAAUCAGUUACUCCAACAAAAGAGUUUUUGAAAGAUGAAAUAAAACAAGAGGAAGAGACUUGUAAAAGGAUCUCUACAAUCACUAUUAUGGGUCAUGAAGGGAAACAACUGGUAAAUGGAGAAGUUAGUGAUGAAAAGGUAACUGCAAAUUUUAAGACAGAACAAAUGGAGACAAGGUUUUAUGAUACAAAAGAAGAUAGCUGUAGCCCCUCUAAAGACAGAAGUGUCAUCAUGGAGGGAAAUGGAGCAGAGUCCUUAAAUUCUGUCAUAACGAAUAUGAAAAUAGGUGAUCUUGAGAAGGAAGUGGUCCCUGUAGGGAAAGAUGCCGAUAGUUCAGUAUCAGUCUUAGAGUCCCAAAAUCAAAAAGGGCAAUUAGAGGAAACUGGUCCUCCGGAAAUGGAAAUCUCUUUUGAUACUUCUGAGAUGGCAAAGGAUCCCUCUUUGAAAACUGCUUUAUCUGCCACUGAAUCUUGUACCCUGAAAGUUGACGAGAAGUCUCCCAAAAGUAAAAAAGAUAAGCGCCCACCAGUCCUAGAAUGUCUUGAAAAGUUAGAGAAGUCCAAAAAGACUUUUCUUGAUAAGGACACACAAAGAUUGAGUCCAAUACCAGAGGAGGUUCCAAAGUAUACUCUAGAAUCAGUAAAGCCAGUCUCUCCUGAGGCAGCUGAAACCUUGGCACCAUCUAACAUGACGGACGACUGUGAGAAAUUAGCCUCAGAAAAGGAAAUGGUGGAAUGUCAGAGCACAAGUUCCACUGAAAGUCAGCCCCUAGAAAAAACAGACCCAGAAAUUCUACAAAAGGAUUCUGAAUCCACCAAGGUAGAAACAGAUCAUCUGGACAAUGCCCAGACCUCUGGCACAGAGGAUCAUUCUGAGACAAAGGGUUCUACGCAAAAGAGCAAAUUUAAAUAUAAGCUGGUUCCUGAAGAAGAAACCACUGCCUCAGAAAACACAGAGAUAACCUCUGAAAGGCAGAAAGAGGGCAUCAAAUUAACAAUUAGGAUAUCCAGUCGGAAGAAGAAGCCAGAUUCUCCUCCCCAAGUUCCAGAACCAGAAACCAAGCAAGAGAAGACAGAAAAGGAAGAAGAGAAAACAAAUGUAGGUCGUACUUUAAGGAGGUCUCCAAGAAUAUCUAGACCCACAGCAAAAGUGGCUGAGAUCAGAGAUCAGAAAGCUGAUAAAAAAAGAGGGGAAGGAGAAGAUGAAGUGGAUGAAGAGUCAGCAGCUUUGCAGAAAGCAGACAAAAAAGAAAAUCUGAAAAAAACGGAGAAGGAUACGAAUUCUAAAGUAAGCAAGGUAAAACCCAAAGGCAAAGUUCGAUGGACUGGUUCUCGAACACGUGGCAGGUGGAAAUAUUCUAGCAAUGAUGAAAGUGAAGGGUCGGACAGUGAAAAAUCAUCUGCAGCUUCAGAGGAAGAGGAAGAAAAGGAAAGUGAAGAAGCCAUCCUAGCAGAUGAUGAUGAACCAUGCAAAAAAUGUGGCCUUCCAAACCAUCCUGAGCUAAUUCUUCUGUGUGACUCUUGUGACAGUGGAUACCACACUGCCUGCCUUCGCCCUCCACUGAUGAUCAUCCCAGAUGGAGAGUGGUUCUGCCCCCCUUGCCAACACAAACUACUAUGUGAGAAAUUAGAAGAACAAUUGCAGGAUUUGGAUGUUGCCUUAAAGAAGAAGGAACGUGCUGAACGCAGGAAAGAACGUUUGGUGUAUGUGGGUAUCAGUAUCGAAAACAUCAUUCCUCCACAAGAGCCAGAUUUUUCUGAAGAUCAUGAAGAAAAGAAAAAAGAUUCAAAAAAAUCCAAAGCAAACUUACUUGAAAGGAGGUCAACAAGAACACGGAAAUGUAUAAGUUAUAGAUUUGAUGAAUUUGAUGAAGCAAUCGAUGAAGCUAUAGAAGAUGAUAUCAAAGAAGCUGAUGGAGGAGGAGCCGGCCGAGGGAAAGAUAUCUCCACCAUCACAGGUCACCGUGGGAAAGACAUCUCUACUAUUUUGGAUGAAGAAAGAAAAGAAAAUAAACGACCCCAGAGGGCAGCUGCUGCACGUCGGAAGAAACGCCGGCGACUGAAUGAUCUGGACAGUGACAGCAACCUGGACGAAGAAGAGAGUGAGGAUGAAUUCAAGAUCAGCGACGGAUCUCAAGAUGAGUUUGUUGUAUCUGAUGAAAACCCAGAUGAAAGUGAAGAAGACCCACCAUCUAAUGAUGACAGCGACACUGAUUUCUGUAGCCGGAGACUGAGGCGACAUCCCUCCCGGCCAAUGAGGCAAAGCAGGCGUUUGCGGAGAAAGACCCCAAAGAAAAAGUACUCUGAUGAUGAUGAAGAGGAGGAGUCUGAGGAGAAUAGUAGAGACUCUGAAAGUGAUUUUAGCGAUGAUUUUAGUGAUGAUUUUGUAGAAACUCGGCGGAGGCGGUCAAGGAGGAACCAGAAAAGACAAAUUAACUACAAAGAAGAUUCCGAAAGUGAUGGUUCCCAGAAGAGUUUACGACGUGGGAAAGAAAUCAGACGAGUUCACAAACGCAGGCUUUCUAGCUCAGAGAGUGAAGAGAGCUAUAUGUCCAAGAACUCUGAAGAUGAUGAGCUAGCUAAAGAAUCAAAGCGGUCAGUUCGAAAGCGGGGUCGAAGCACAGAUGAGUAUUCAGAAGCAGAUGAGGAAGAAGAAGGCAGACCAUCUCGAAAACGGCUACACCGGAUUGAGACAGAUGAGGAGGAGAGUUGUGACAAUGCUCAUGGAGAUGCAGAUCAGCCUGCCCAUGACAGCCAGCCCAGGGUCCUGCCCUCAGAACAGGAGAGCACCAAGAAGCCCUAUCGGAUAGACAGCGAUGAGGAAGAGGACUUUGAAAAUGUAGGCAAGGUGGGGAGCCCUUUGGACUAUAGCUUAGUGGACUUGCCUUCCACCAAUGGACAGAGUCCUGGCAAAGCCAUUGAGAACUUGAUUGGCAAGCCAGCUGAGAAGCCUCAGACCCCCAAGGACAGCAGCACAGCCAGUGCGAGCCUGGCCCCCAAUGGGACAAAUGGUGGGCAGGAGGCAGGGGCGCCAGAAGAGGAGGAAGAUGAGCUUUUACGAGUGACUGACCUUGUUGAUUACGUCUGUAACAGUGAACAGUUAUAAGACUUUUUUUCCAUUUUUGUGCUAAUUUAUUCCACGGUAGCUCUCACACCAGCGGGCCAGUUAUUAAAAGCUGUUUUAUUUUUCCUAGAAAACUCCACUACAGAAUGACUUUUUAGAAGAAAAAUUUCAACAAACCCUGAAGUCUUUCUGUGAAGUGACCAGUUUUGAACUUUGAAGAUAAAUAAUUGCUGUAAAUUCCUUUUGAUUUUCUUUUUCCAAGUUCAUGGUCCUUGGUAAUUUCAUUCAUGGAAAAAAAUCUUAUUAUAAGAACAACAAAGAUUUGUAUAUUUUUGACUUUAUAUUUCCUGAGCUCUCCUGACUUUGUGCAAAAGGGUGGAUAAGAAUGCAUUCCGAAUCUGUGAGGGCCCAAAACAGAAUUAGGGGUGGGAGAAAGCACUUGUGCUUUAGCUUUUUCAUAUUAAAUAUAUAUUAUAUUUAAACAUUCAUGGCAUAGAUGAUGAUGAACAGACUGUUUAAAAGUUCCAGUCUGUAUUGUUGCAGUUUGAGAACUGUAGAUAACAUCAUACGUAAGUCAUUCAGUAACAGCAUUCAUGCUAUCAACUUGUUUACUAUUGGAGAUAACCACACUUAAUAAAGAAGAGAUGGAGAAAGCACCAUCAUUAAAAACUCUAACCUGAGUUUCUGUUAUAGCGGAGUUUCUUGUUUAAAAAAAAAAAUCAUCUGAAAA